AGUCAUCCACACUUUCAUCCUCUGUUUUGACUCUUGUUCCUGAAUGGCUAUGUUGAUGAGACGCAUUAUUUCUGAAAUUGUAGACUCAGCUCGAGGAGGCCUAUGCAGUAGCUUACGAGGAGUAUCUCGAGAAGAUUAAGGAGCAUGACCUUGUGAAAGAUGCCUAUGUCCAGUGGACGAGCAACCAGAUGGCGAGUUUCACUCGGUUCAUGAUGACUGGAGUGCGAGAGGAACCACUCCCAGAGCCACCUCAUCCGGGGCCGACGCCAGUGUUCCCGUCCAAGGAGGAGUUCUAUAUCAUGUACAAGCGUCAGCGUCAGUUGACCCCGGGAUUGGGAGAAUCCGGGAACGACGCUCCUGAUGGUACGCCGAUGCACCCCGGUCGCUGUUCUCCUGGUGCUUCUGCCGAACCUCGGCAUGGUUCUGCUUCCGGUGGCUCUCGUCGUGGUUCUACCUCCCCGAGCACCGUCGAAAUACAGCGGCCUCACUUCACCCACUCGGAGCUAGAUCGUCUGGAGCUAGAUCGUCACUCGGGUGGUGCACCACCAUAGUUUCUACAUUGUACUAGCUACAUGACACAUGCUAUAUGUGUAGAAUGAUCUAUGUAGGAUGACUAUAUGUACCGUAUUGCUUGUGUGCUAUAUUUGUACUAAAUUUGGGAUUUGGUGCCAUAUUUGUGCUAU